AUGAAAGAUGAAGACUGGUUCCAGUAUAGUCCAGAAAUGGAAAAAAUACUUGAAGAAUUAGCAAUGAAAUGCGCUAAUAUGGAAUUACAACUUAGUAAAAAUGCGACACCGACAACAUUAUCCGUCAUUCGAACGUCAGACAUUCGUAGAGAAACAUUAUUAUCACCACAGAGUACGUUGAAAAUAUCAAAUUACCAUAAGUUAUCAUCGAACACAACAUUGAAAACUCAGCAGUUGCCAUGUGUGACAUUUGAACAUUCAUAUUCCAAAUCAUCCACAUCACCCACAGAAUUAAAAACAGGUGAAUUAAGAUCCAAUUUGGUAUUAUCCUCCUCGUCAUCAAUAAUCAAUUUAAAUCCUAUAUUAUUAAAACUGCGAGGAUACGAAAUAGCGGCUGUAUUUGAAGAUACGUUUGAUGAAUUAGAUAUAUUAAGGGAAGAAUUAACGCGAGCAAAAAAUAAUGAAUUAACAGAUUAUGAACAACAUUUUGACGCUAAUGCUGAUGAAUUAAUGAAAAAACCAAUAAAAUAUGGCUUCUUAAAUGACAGUUCAUUAUAUCAUCAAAAAUUGGGCACAGAACUAUCAUAUCAAAUAUUAAGUAAAUCGACUUCGCCAACUCAACAAAAACGGACGGCGAUAAUGAUGGACAAGAAUGAACUCAAUUGUAAUCCACUGACGCUCAGUUUAGCCGGUGUAUUUAUAAUGAGUGAACGAGAUAAAUUACGUUAUGAAAUUGAAAAUUUUCAACAAAUGCUUAUGUUAUUUUUUCGUUCACUAUUAAAUGAAUCGCAAGCAAAUAUGGCAGAAAAUUUUGUUACGAACAUCCACAAUAAUUUAUUAUCAACUCAAUUGAAACAACUCAAUGAACGUUUAGAACUAUCGUAUGAUAAAGCAAAAAAGUUACGAUUUAUUCAAAAACAUUUUUCAAAAGAAAAAAGUCAAAAAUUACAAUUACUAUUUGAUGAAAAAGCUAAAGUUAAAGACCGAUUAAUGGAAGAAAAUACGCGUGCCAAAAUUGCAUUGAGAUACUGUGAUGAUUGGAAAAAAAAUCAUAUUGCUCAAUGGAAUGAAUAUUUGAAAACAAUAGAAUUAGAAUAUGAAGAACGAAUUAGAGAAUAUGAAAAUGCGUGUAAACAAAUGGAAAUUGGUCACAAAGAAAAAGUCCGACUAUUAGAUAUACAGCGAAAAGAAGCAGAGAGAAAUGCAAAUAAAUGGCAACAAAAAUAUGAAGAUGAAACAACGAGUUUUGAUAAAGAAGUUGUACAAUAUCGAAUAGAUUUAAAUAAUAUUCUCAGACAGAGAACAGAGAUGUAUAAGGAAUAUAUGAGAAUGAAACAAGUUGUACAGGAUGAACGAGAGAAACGAGAAUAUCAACGAAAAGAGGAAGAGAAAAGGCAAUGUAAAUUAGAUGCCAUCAUUCAAAUACAAGUAGAAUUAUGUUUCUCUGUUUAUUAUCUUGUUCACCUAUUAUUGUAUUCCUUUUCAAUAGGCAUGGUGGCGUGGAAUGGUUGUGAGAAAAUUUAA